AGAAACAGAAAAAUCCUUCAUCGCCCCAAUCUCCCUCUUUCCCUCUCAAAAAAAAGUUAAAAAUAUCAAAAAUCAAAACCCUAAUAAUCUCAUCUCUCCCCCAAAUCGAAACCCUAAUUUAAUGGCAAAACCCCGCCCAUCAUCGAAACGCACCCUCGAUUCCUAUGCCAUCAAGGGCUCCAACAAAAUCAUCAAACCGGGAGAUUCAGUGCUAAUGCGGGCCCCGGACUCCUCCAAAGCUCCGUACGUGGCCAAGGUGGAGGCGAUCGAGGCCGAUCGCCGUGGGGCACACGUGAAGGUUAGGGUUCGGUGGUACUACAGGCCGGAGGAGUCGAUCGGUGGCCGGAGGAGGUUUCAUGGAGCCAAGGAGCUGUUCCUCUCCGAUCACUUCGACGUGCAGAGCGCGGACACGAUCGAGGGGAAGUGCAUUGUUCAUAGUUUUAAGAACUACACGAGGCUUGAUACGGUUGGGAAUGAUGAUUUCUUCUGUAGGUUUGAGUAUAAGUCGGCCACGGGGAGCUUCGUGCCUGAUCGGAUCGCAGUAUUCUGCAAAUGUGAAAUGCCUUACAAUCCUGAUGAUCUUAUGAUCCAAUGUGAAGGCUGCUCUGAUUGGUACCAUCCACCUUGCGUAGACAUGACAGUUGAGGAAGCUAAGAAAGUUGAACAUUUCUUCUGUCAAAGUUGUUCUUCUGCCAAAGAAAAGAAGAGAGAUGGUUCUCAGGGUGGCUCUGAAGAAUCAGAACUAAAGGUGGAAUUGAAACGAAGGAAAAGAUGACACUGUAAGUUAUUGCUGGUUUUGUAUAGACUUGUGAAUGUAAAUGAGUUUAAAGAGGUGCCUGUCGAGCUGUGUAAAUAGCGUAAGGGUUUUGAUUUCGCCUUUUUCUUUGUUUUGUUGUUGUUGUCGUCUUUUUUCACCUUUGUGUUAAUAUGCUUGGAGGUGGACGGGAACUAUAUAACGUAGGUAUCAAUGUACAGGGGAUUUGAGAGAAAUGAGUGCCUGGACUAGUUCAAAAUCUGUAUCAAGUGAGGAACAAUAAAAAAAGUAUGUGCUUCUGUAUUA